UGGGUAUUUGUAUUAAAUGCCUCUACCAACACCCACCAGAACUCAUUUAUUAAUGGCCAAAGUUUUUUUUGCACUCUUAAUGGAGAUUGAAGCUACGACAAUGGUGUAGUGUUGUUUUGAUUAUUAAUCUUUAACAUUAUUUUCUUUGCAAAGAAGAAAGCUGUGACUUGUGCUAAGUUCAGUUCAUGUUUCAUGCAUGAGAUUCUCAUUCAUUCAAACAACUGCUACUCCUUCAGUCAACUCAUACAACUCUUAUUUCUUCACAUCGGUUUCUCGUUUCAUUUGGUUGGUUGUUAUAUAUUUGAUCUGCAGAGAUUGAAGAUAAAGUGGUGUUGUAAUAGUGAUAAUAGUAAAGAUGAGGAACUCGACGAACCAUGUAAUGACAGAGAUAGAGGCAAGCAAGCCAUCGGGGAAUGGGAUGGUGGUGGGAGGGUUGAGUCCUUUGAGUGAGACGAUUUGGAAAGAGAAGACUAAUAUAGACUCUGUGGGAGAUGUUUCUGCAAGGCUUACAUGGAAAGAUCUGACGGUGAUGGUAACUCUCGGCGAUGGAGAAACUCAAAAUGUUCUAGAAGGACUCACUGGUUAUGCCGAGCCUGGUAGCCUUACAGCUCUCAUGGGCCCUUCUGGUUCCGGCAAAUCAACUCUUCUUGAUGCUCUCUCCAGUCGCCUUGCUGCUAAUGCUUUCCUCUCCGGCACCAUUCUGCUUAAUGGUCGUAAAACUAAGCUCUCUUUCGGCACUGCUGCGUACGUGACUCAAGAUGAUAACUUGAUUGGUACACUAACGGUGAGGGAAACGAUUGCUUAUUCAGCAAGAUUGCGUCUGCCGGAUAAGAUGGGGUUGUCGGAGAAGAAAGCCUUGGUUGAGAGUACCAUUAUUGAGAUGGGGCUGCAAGAUUGCGCGGAUACUGUGAUUGGAAAUUGGCAUUUGCGUGGGAUCAGUGGAGGCGAGAAGAGAAGGGUUAGCAUUGCUCUCGAAAUUUUAAUGAGGCCUAGAUUGCUCUUUCUUGAUGAGCCUACCAGUGGACUUGACAGUGCUUCGGCUUUCUUUGUCACUCAGACUCUGCGCGGGCUAUCUCGAGAUGGAAGGACUGUCAUCGCUUCAAUCCACCAGCCGAGUAGUGAAGUGUUUGAGCUAUUUGAUCAAUUGUACCUUCUUUCAGGAGGCAAAACUGUUUAUUUUGGUCAGGCUUCGGAAGCAUACGAGUUCUUUGCACAAGCAGGGUUUCCCUGUCCUGCUUUGAGGAAUCCCUCUGAUCAUUUCCUUAGGUGCAUCAAUUCCGACUUCGAUAAAGUCAAGGCAACUCUAAAGGGUUCCAUGAAAUUGCGGUUUGAGUUAACUGAUGAUCCCCUUGAAAAGAUAACAACUGCUGAAGCUAUACGAUCUCUAAUUGAUUAUUACAGAACUUCUCAGUACUCUUAUGCGGCCAAUGAAAAAGUUGAGGAGAUAUCCAAAGUUAGAGGAACUGUGCUAGAGGCAGGAGGCAGUCAGGCUAGUUUCUUGAUGCAGGCUUAUACUUUAACCAAGCGUUCAUUCAUCAACAUGUCACGGGACUUUGGAUAUUACUGGUUGAGGCUUGUUAUAUAUGUUGUAGUCACUAUCUGCAUUGGAACCAUCUAUCUGAAUGUGGGAACCGGUUACAGUUCAAUUCUGGCUAGAGGUUCAUGUGCAUCAUUUGUCUUCGGAUUUGUUACAUUCAUGUCAAUUGGUGGAUUUCCUUCUUUUGUGGAAGACAUGAAGGUUUUUCAAAGAGAAAGGCUGAAUGGGCACUAUGGUGUAACAGCAUUUGUCAUUAGCAACACUCUUUCUGCGAUGCCCUUCUUGAUUAUGAUCACUUUCAUCUCUGGAACUAUUUGUUACUUUAUGGUCGGUCUUCACCCUGGUUUUGAACAUUAUUUCUUCUUUGUACUGUGCCUCUAUGCAAGUGUGACUGUGGUCGAGAGCUUGAUGAUGGCCAUAGCCAGUAUUGUCCCAAACUUCCUGAUGGGUAUCAUCAUAGGAGCUGGAAUUCAGGGUAUAUUUAUGCUAGUCUCCGGAUACUUCAGGCUACCAAAUGACAUUCCAAAGCCGGUCUGGCGUUACCCAAUGUCAUAUCUGAGCUUUCACUUCUGGGCUCUGCAGGGGCAAUAUCAAAAUGAUCUUGCAGGGUUGAUGUUUAGCAACCAAUCACCAUAUCUUCCCAAGAUAUCUGGCGAAUACAUCCUGGAAAAUGUGUUCCAGAUUGAUGUGCACCGAUCAAAAUGGAUCGAUCUCAGUGUUAUCUUCAGCAUGAUCGUUGCCUACCGCAUCAUCUUCUUUAUCAUGAUCAAGAUAAGCGAAGACGUGACGCCGUGGAUCAGAGGCUACAUUGCAAGAAGAAGAAUGCAACAAAAGAAUGGCACUCAGAAUACAACAAUUGCUCCGGAUGGUCUUGCUCACUCUCCGUCUUUGAGGACUUAUGUUUCCACAAAUGCAAGUAAGACCAGGCGAAGGUAGAUGAAUGAGUUCCAAAACGAACGAUUUCGCAGAAUCAAUUAUCAUAUUAUCGUCAUUUGACUUUGAAAAUCAAUUUAACAAAAUGCUAGGAGAUAGAUAUUAUCAAUCCUUUCACAUUAUAUAAUGCUUCUGCUACUUUGCACUUGAAAUAUUCUGUAGACUGUAGUUAUGGAUUCAGAUUAUAUAUGCAGAGGACUGAUACUAUGAAGGGUUAUAUUAAUAUACAAU